GUGCUGACGCCUGCGUGACGUUUCAGGAAAUAAAAGUAAACAACGGAUUCCAGGAGGAAAAGUAUAUUUAUUCGUCCACGUUCGUGCCGUCUCUGUAAUUUCUCAUCCCUUUUUAUUGAUGACGUAUGAAGGUGUUACAUUUCAAGAAGACAUACCUAGUUAGACACAGACUGAAAGCUGGGAAAACUCCCACAGAGCUGAGAGGAAACGGAUGCGGCAGCCGCUAAUGAGAGCUAGCUCGACAUGGCAAUUUUCUGCUUGAGUUUGUUUACAAGAUAAAAUACCCUCACGACAAUGGCUUAAAUACAGCUGAUCGACUUUAGAUUUAGCGAUGUUAGCCAUCAGAUCUUCAGAGGAGGAGUCCACUGAGAUUGAGGAGAUGGACACCUCAGAGCCAAACUGGUGCUGGUUCUACUUGGCCGAGUGUGGAGUCUGGCACAUGUUUGAGAUCGAUCCUAGUGCGGCCUGCUCAGUGACAAGCGCUCAGAUUGAACAGUGCUACAACAGGAACCAACGUGGGGUCAUGGAAUUCUACACAGCCAAAUACACCUACAGACUGGACUUCUCUGUUAUGCGACAGAUUAAUGUAACAACAGGAAAACAGAGGCCAAUUAAACGCUCGCUGCACUCUACCACGGGCUUCAGGUUUAUUUGUGAUAAUCUGGCCUUGCCUGUUCCCUGUCAUUGGGAGAGAAUCAAUACAGAUGAGCCCUAUCAGCUUAUCCAGCUUGGCAGAGACACAUACGAGUUUAAGGAAGUAGCCAGAUUGUACGAGAGGACGAUGGAUCAUCCAAUAAAAUCCAUCCAGAGGAUUCAGAACUUGGACCUAUGGGAGUUCUUCUGCAGGAAGAAAACACAGUUGCGAAAAGUCAAGCGAACUCUGGAUAUUGAAGAACGAAUGCUGUUUCAUGGUACAGGACACAGCAACAUACAAGCUAUUUGUACAUUUAACUUUGACUGGCGUCUGACAGGGAGUCAUGGUGAUGUUUAUGGCAAAGGGAGCUACUUCGCCCGAGAUGCCAAGUAUUCCAGUAAAUUCUGCCACACAACCGGAAAACACAACACCACCUUACAGAGGCACGGACUCGCUCCCCCUAUAUUUGCCAAUGAGCCACCCUAUAAGACCAUGUUUCUGGCCAGAGUGCUUGUUGGAGAGCACACAGUGGGCCAUCCCAUGUACUGCAGGCCGCCCUCCAAGGAUGCUAGCUUUACCAACUUUUAUGACAGCUGUGUGGACGAUAUGGCUAACCCAAAGAUAUACGUUAUAUUUGACAGCAAUCAGAUCUACCCAGAGUAUCUGAUUGAGUUCUACUGAUGUUUAACUCGGGGACAAAUAGGAGUCGACGACGAGUCAAUUGGAGGAAUGAAAUGGGAGAAAAAUAGCAGUCACUUCCAAUGAGUAACUGGAACAGUGGAUUUUUCAAAGUGCCUUUGGAAAUGUUUGAAAAGCAGGGAAACCAUUGAGGCAUUCUGCACAUUUUGCUCAAAGGUUAAAGUACUGAUGUGUGCAGAGUUUUGUAUUAUAUUUCACUUUGCGUGUUACAGUCUGUGAAGAGUGGCUUCAGUUUGGAGAUUUAAGGCAAUGUCCCAUCUUUGCCACCACUUAUUUUUAAUCCACAGUGCCAUACAUAUGAAUAUUUAUAAUUCCAAAAAUAUGUUCUGAUCUCAAUCUUUUCCAUGUGUUUUUAGUUUGUUACAUCAAAAAAAAAAAAAAAUACUGUGAGUACCUGCAUUUGUGAUCAGUAAUUUGCAUACAGUCAGUCGGUGGCUUUUAUGAUGAUUUUCUGAAACCGUUGUUUUACCAGGGUAGGAUGAUUACACAGCAGACAGCAUUUUCUCUAAUCAGGGGUCAAAGUUAGACAUAUAGACUCAAAUAAAUCAACCCAAGUUGCAGAAGAGCCGUGUUCCUUUUGUCGCAAUGAACAAGGUUCUAGCAUUAUUUUGGCUUAGAUACUUGACCAUACUUGUUUUUGGUGUUUAAACGUUCAAUUGAUAUUAAGUCUGUCAUUCAUGGGAAAUGCUUAAAAGUUGGGUUUUUGCCAGGAAAAAGAACUAUACCAGAACCUUGUUUACAAAAUGAUUACAAAAAGCAAGUGGUUUCUCUGCAACUUCCAAAAAGGCGUUACGCAAGAAAUUUGUGUUGGUGUAUUUAUAUAUUUGACCCUGUAUGUUUAAUUUUGACUGCCCACAAUUCAGAUCUGUGCUCCGGAUUCUGAAGUUGUUGAAUACUCAUUACAUCCUGGAAAAAGAAGGGUUCAAAGCGCAUCAUUAAACAAUUGACGUUCAUGCAGGUAAUGAUUGUAUGAAAACGUUUUGGCUGGUGCUGUAGCACAGUGUCCUUUAGGAGGGCAAUGGAAAAGAAAUCCACUUGAAGUGAGUAUAUUCUCUGUAGCAAUUCACUUCAAACUUUUAGCACACCAUGUGUCAUGCCAAUAGAAAACCUAAAGCAACAGCUACCACAAUCUCUUACUGUUACUUACUGUUGUAUCAUUUAAGCAUAAUGUUUUUCUCAUAAUAAGCUUCUACCUCUAUGUUGUUUAAACCAUGUAUUGGUGCACUUUUUACCCUUUCUAUGAAAGGUUUUACUUAGAAUUGUGUCACUUUGACACAAAGUUGUAAUGUUAUAUUUGUCUGUUGUUCCUAAGUGUAUCUUUUGAGGUUUUGACAACUGAAUUUUAUUUUUUUUCAUUUGUUAAGAUUAUGUAGUUUAGUUCAUCUCAGUUAAAAACAAGGUAAACAUCACAUUAAAAAUUGUCCUAUAAGUGUGAGAUCAUCACUAACUGUACAUGAGGAAAACAAGUUAGAUUUGCACAUGGAGUAAAUUUAACCCACUGAAAGUGCUGCCUGCACAUAUAGUGCUUUGUGAAAGUAUUUGUGCACCUUUAUACCUUUCCCCAUUUUGUCCUGUUACAACUGAAGAAUUUGAUGUAAUUUACUGGGAUUUUAUGUAAUAGGCCAAAACAAUGUGGUACAGUAUACAUAGUUUUCAAAAUUUGACCAAUAAAAAUCUCCAAAAAAUGUGGCAUGCAUGUGUAUUCAGCAACCCCGAGUCACAUUUUUGAAGCACUAUAUUUUACUGCAAUUGCAGUAAAGUUGAAGCUCAAUCUGAUUAAAUGAUGAGCUUCUCUAAACAGCUGUUUUCAAGUCUUGCCACAGUUUAUUGGUGGAAUUUAGGUCUGGAAUUUGACUGGGCUAUUGUUAAACAUAUAUAUAUCCGGAUUAUCCUGCAUCGACCCAGUCCAUCUUCCCAUUAACUGUGAGCAGUUUCCCUGUCCCAGCUACUAAAUAAAAUUGGUUGUAACAAAAUGUGAAAAAGUUCAAGGAGAAUUGAUACUUUUGGAAGGCACUGUAUGUACUGUAAUAAGUAAUGUUGCUUAAUGAUGUAAUAUUGCUUUUGAUAUGUGCAUUUGUGGGAUUAUUUGGAUGACUGUCUUCAAGCUUUGGGCGUAGAGAAUAUUAUCCGCAGGUAUAAGAAUGGACCAUUUUAGCUUUCCUUGUGUGCAGAAGCAAGAAAAAAUAAUUUACUGUAAUUCAUAACUGAUAAAUUUGAGUGUGUGAGUUGGAUUUGUGAAAAGCUGUAUGUUUCAUGUGUGUAUGUUGCACAGUGUAAUAAAAUUUUCAGCACAGAGA